AUGAUCAGCACCGACGAUAUCACCAUCACUGCAGUCUCCUCGGGCAAGGACUUGCCGGUUUCUGUUGAUGAUUCGGGAGUGGUUACCGCCGGUGGUAAAACGGAACGGUUCAAGUUUCAAGUUGAUGACUUUAAGGGCGGCUUUAGGGUCGGAAAGGCAUAUGACUUGACUGACAAGAAGGAGGUCAGAGCCUUGAUCAGGACUGACAGGGGGGACAACUGGGAGGUUGUAAACUGUAUGCCUACAGAGAAAGUUAAGCCUGAGAUGAGGUCCAGCCAGAUUCUGCAAUUCGAAACCGCUGCAUGGCAUUUGUGGCAACAGUUCGGCAAAGAGCGCCGAAACAUGAUUGGCUUCGGGUCGACGUUCUACAUAACCUCAGACUUCCUCGUCGUCCUCAACUACGGAUAG